AUGAGAAGCAUUGCAGACGUCAAUAUCACCAUGGCAACCACAUCAUUCACCAACUUCACCACCCCGGCAAGAUCGCUAUACCCCUUAUACGCGGACUUCAUUUGGUGCGGACUGUAUGCGUUAGAAGCGUGCGCAAUAGUGGCUUUUAACAUCCUGACUUUGUUAACCUUCGCCAUGAAUCGCUCCCUGCGUCGCCCGGGCAUCUUCCUCCUGCUCAACCUCGCGGUGUGCGACACGCUAGUAGGACUAGCCGCCAUUCCUGUACACAUCACGUGGUUUGCAAAAUGGUCGCCUAGCAACCAAGACCCAAUCAAGCGUUUAAGCUAUCUGCGUGUGACGCACGCUCUGGAGAUCUUCACGGGCACCGGGUCUAUCGCUGGUUUGGUGAGCAUUUCGGUGGAGCGAGCCUUGGCGGCGUGUAAGCCGUUUGAUCAUCGCGCGUCAAGAUCCCGGGUGUACCUCGUGGGGAUGGGGUUCACUUGGAUACUCGCUGUAACGCACUGCUUUGUCUUCGUGUACUGCUUCAACUCCGCCAGGCUCAGGGAUAUCACGUAUUAUUAUUUCGCGCUUGCAAUGAUCUUGGAGCUCGCCAUUAUCGUCAUAUCUUACGUCAUCAUCUUCAUUAAGCUCAGGCAACGCAAAAUAAAACCUCAACCUAACAGGAUAAGGCCACGUGACAAGGAACUGGGCGUGGCGUUAUUCAUCGUGACAGUUGUCAGUCUGUUGACAUGGUUACCAGACGCUGUUGUGUUGAACCUCGACUCGGUGUUGGCGCCUGCGCAGUACAAACACGCCGUGCGCUCCACGCUGUUCUUGCGAUACUCUAAUUCGUUCGUGAACCCGAUAGUGUACAUAUAUCGACUGCCUACAUUUCGCGGUGCACUCACGCACAUGCUCAAGCACUGCACACCACUCAAGCCGCAGGCAGCGAGCUCCCAGGGUACCCCGCGACAGAAGAGGGUAACCAUGACAACGCAACACCAGAUAACACAAGACUCCAAUUCAACAACAGAUAACACAAGACUUUAA